AUGUCGCCUUCAGAUGCCUGGGGAGAGCCAAGGCCAAGUUCCUCUGAUGAAUCCAAGGGAAAGCUCGAGAGUAAGGUCGCCAUAAUGAAUCAUUCUCGCCGCCAGCAAAUUGAAGAUGCUCAGUUUGAACACUUGCUCACACAAUACGCACAGCGUGACCCUAGCACAAUCGAGAAGCCCGAGAUGUCUGGGUCAUGGGACACACAACUCAACAUUGCUCGGAUGCUCAAGAAGCAGGAUAUUGGCCGGGGGAAUCUGGACCCUCGUGUGUACCAGAUCGAGCUGUUUGAGCGGGCAAAGGCUGAGAACACGAUCGCCGUGCUAGACACGGGAUCUGGGAAGACCCUGAUUGCAGUACUACUGCUCAAACACAUCUUGCAGCAAGAGCUGAUUGAUCGUGAAGAUGGCAAGGCUCCUCGUAUAGCCUUUUUCUUGGCUCACAGUGUGACUCUUGUGUUCCAACAGACGGCUGUCUUACAGAACAACCUUAACCAGAAUGUGGCGCACAUUUUUGGUGCGAUGGGCUCAGACCUCUGGGACCAAAAUACUUGGGAUGAUUACUUCUCCAAGAACAUGGUCAUUGUCUGCACCGGGGAGAUCCUCACUCAGUGCCUUCUCAAUGGCUUCAUAAAGAUGAGUCAGAUCAACCUUUUGAUCUUUGACGAAGCCCACCAUACGAAGAAGGACCACCCUUAUGCACGCAUCAUCCGUGAGUCUUACUUCAAGGUCGACCGGACUGUACGCCCUAGGAUAUUUGGGAUGACGGCCUCUCCGGUUGAUGGAAAAGCCAAGAUGACCGAGGCAGCGGCACAGCUUGAACUUCUUUUAGAUAGUCGGAUUGCCACCACUGCAAAUCUGACACUGCUCCGCCAAUUCGUGAACCGGCCAUGCGAGGAAACAUGGAUCCAUCCGAAGCUUGACCCACCAUUUAAAACAAAAAUAUUUGUUGAACUGGAAGAGAACUUUGGAAACAUGAAAGAAUUAAAAUAUCUCUUUCAAUUUGCCUGGGCAGCUACGUCAGAGCUGGGAAAGUGGUGUGCUGAUCAGGUAUGGAUCCAAGCGCUGAAGGAGGACGUGAUACCCCAACUCGAAAGCAAUGCGGGCAAGCAUCCGGAGUCAGACAUUCAUGGCACCGAACAGACUGGGAAAGACCUCGCGAGUGUCCGAGAGGCUUGCGAAAUGUUGAAAAACCACCCAAUUCAGCACCCGUGGGAGCCAGGCCAGCUGAGCCCGAAAGUUCAACUCCUCCUCGAAAGAUUGGUACAACACUUUAGCGCAUCAGACCGCAAGAAGUGCAUUGUUUUCACAGAGCGGCGAAAUACCGCGAAGGCUUUGCUGCGACUUUGUGAGGUGUUGAAUAUUCCCAAUCUUCGCCCUGGAAUCCUGGUUGGAGUUCGAAAGUCAGAAAUCACCGGAAACGUCACGUAUCGUCGCCAAUUUGAGGUUAGGGGUAAUUUCCAGGACGGAAAUAUCAACUGUUUGUUUGCGACAGCUGUCGCUGAAGAAGGUCUCGAUAUUCCGGAUUGUAAUCUCGUUGUGAGGUUCGAUCUCUACAAUACGCUCAUUCAAUAUAUCCAGAGCCGGGGACGUGCACGACACGCCAACUCCACUUAUGCGAUCAUGAUUGAAGCAGACAAUGAGAUCCACAAGAGACGGGUGCAGGAAGUACGUGAUUCGGAGAUCCUCAUGAGAUCAUUCUGCAAGACACUCCCUAAAGAUCGGUUGCUGCGUGGACCUGACUAUGACGUCGACCUACAAACAGUUCUUGGGAGGCAAAAAGGGAAGAGGACCUACACCAUUCUAUCUACUGGAGCAAAACUGACUUACGGACACGCAAUUGACAUUCUGGGGCGAUAUGCAGCAUCCUUGAAGUACCAGGCGAAAGAUAAGAAUCGGAAUCAGAAUCCGAAUCAAAAUCCCGAUUGCGCCCACGUCAGCUACGCCAUGGUUUCGAACGCAGAGAAGUUUAUCUGCGAGGUCAUACUUCCUGAGAUGUCACCUAUCAGAGGAGUGAUAGGUGCCUUGGAAUCAAGUAAGGCCAUGGCCAAAGGCUCGGCAGCAUUUGACACUUGCAUGUUACUCCGGAAGAACAACCUGUUAGAUGGCCAUUUCAGGCCUGUCUAUCACAGGCACUUACCUACCAUGCGAAAUACCAAAUUAGCAAUCGACUCGAAGAACCAGCACGAGUACGACAGGCGCUGCAAGCCCUCCCUCUGGACCUAUCAGAUUGGAACUAUUCCAAUAUUGCUCUAUGCCAUAGUGAUCUGUUUUAGCCCAUCAAAGCCACUGACCCGAACACAUGCAAAUCUGAUCCUACUAACCCGAGAGCAGCUCCCCACCUUCCCGAGAUUUCCUCUUUACCUGGACGAUGACAUUGAAACUAUGAUCCAGACGGUCUGUAUCGAGAGCCCUAUUGCGGUCAGCUCUCCACAGAUUGCCUCCUUCAAUGAUUUUACAGUUUCUGUUUUUCGCGACGUAUUCCAUAAGACCUUUGACUCUGUGCCUGAGACAUUUCCGUAUUGGCUCGCCCCUGCUCGCCAAGACACCGAUCCGAUUGACCCUACUGAGUUGCCGACCACAAUCAUAGACUGGAAAGUGUUGAGCUUCGUUGAGGAGCACCGUGAAUGGAAAUGGUCGGAAGAUAUGGACCCAGAAUCUCUUUUAGAGCGAUUUUUGUACGACCCAUGGAGUGGGAAAUACCGCUACUUCCCACUUCUAGUUGAUCGCAACUUGCGUCCUUCAGACACCCCACCUGACCACGUGCCACGCCGCCGAGACGCGAACAUGCAGAACAUUCUGAACUACUCACUGAGUCUCGGCAAGGAAGCCCGGUCCCUUUUCUUAGACCAUUGCAGCUGGAAUCAGCCAGUUUUGCAAGCGGAAAUGGUUUCACUCCGAAGAAAUUUCCUGGAUAAAGCAUCUGAGGAAGAGAGAUCAGAUCACAAAUUAUGUGUUGUAUGUCCAGAGGUAGUGAUGCUUUCUGCCAUCCCUUUGUCAACAGUAACAUCAUGCUUGGCCUUCCCUGCCAUCAUUAGCAGAAUCGAGUCAUACUUGACUGUGCGGGAGGGUUGCCAACAUUUGGGCCUUGAUAUAAGGUUAGAUUAUGCUUUGGAGGCCUUCACCAAAGACUGUGACAAUGCCGAGGAGCAAGGUGCGGAGCAAAGCCAUGUCCAGCGAGGCAUGGGCAAGAAUUACGAGCGUCUAGAGUUUAUGGGUGACACCUUCCUCAAGAUGGCCACGUCAAUUGCGCUUUACUGCCAGAGACCAGAUGACAAUGAGUACGACUACCACGUCUAUCGAAUGUGCCUCAUCUGCAACAAGAACUUGUUUGACGCGGCUACAGGCAUUCUGCUGUACGAGUACAUUCGCAGUCGUGGAUUUUCUCGACAUACAUGGUUUCCCACAGGUCCUCGCCUUCUCCAUGGUCGGGACUUCACCAAGUACCUCAGAUCGGAAAGUAGCCAUAAACUUGCACCAAAGACAAUCGCAGAUGUUUGUGAAGCACUCAUUGCAGCUGCACUGCUAUCAGGGGGCAAGGAUCAUCGCUUCGAUAUGGCUGUCCGUGCCGUCACUUGUUUCGUCAGAAAUGAUACGCUCACAGUAACCCAUACGGCGACAUCUUGGGCGGAUUAUUUUUCGUCCUACACAAAGCCAGUAUGGCAAGACAAUACGCCAAACGGAUGGGAGCUUGAUACCGCUCGGCAGAUAUUUAAGAAGCUCGGCUACCAGUUCAAGUCUCCUUUAUUGCUCUGCUCCGCAUUCACCCAUUCAUCUGUUCCACACCAAAGGUCCAGGGUGCCAUGCUACCAGCGUCUUGAAUUCCUAGGCGACGCACUCCUUGAUAUGGUGUGUGUUGAGCACUUGUACCAUCGUUUCCCUCAAAAGAACCCACAAUGGCUCACAGAGCAUAAGAUGGCGAUGGUGUCAAACAAGUUUCUUGGGGCCCUGGCGGUGCAUCUAGGACUACACCGGCAUCUUAACCACGCCGACGGCCCCAUCCAGGGGCAGAUCACUCGCUACGCGGAAGAAAUACAGAGCGCAGAAGCCGAAAGCGAUGGGAUUAUGGAUUACUGGUUGCAUACCAAGGACUCCCCAAAGUGUCUUUCAGAUAUACUCGAAGCAUACAUUGCAGCAAUUUUUGUAGACUCAGGCUUUAAUUAUACCGUGAUCGAGAAAUUUUUUAACACCCACCUCCUGCCGUACUUCGUGGACAUGUCAUUGUAUGACACAUUCGCAAACAGGCAGCCGACGACGUACCUGCACCACCGGCUGGCCCAAGUUUACGGAUGCAAGCACUAUUGUGUGAAGCAUGGCCCGAUUCCCACGACGAGCUCAGAGCAGCCGAUGAUUCUCGCCGCCGUGAUGGUACACGGCGUAUCUUUGGGAGAAACGGUGGGAAGCUCAAGCGAAUACGCAAGAUUAAGAGCGAGCGAGAAAGCAUUAGAGGCUCUUGAAACGCUCCUGCCAGCCGAUUUUCGCCUCAAGUUCGCUUGUGACUGCAAAUCGGCAGAUACGGAAGAAGAGAAGAAGAUUGACCAUCUGGAUCUCGGUACGGCAGAAUGA